AUGCCUCGUCAAUUCUUCGUCGGUGGUAACUUCAAGAUGAAUGGCUCGGUGGAGGGCAUCAAGAAGAUCAUUGGAGGCCUUAAUGAUGCCAAGCUGGAUUCCAACGUCGAGGUUGUCAUUGCUCCACCAUCCCUUUACCUUCUCCUCGCCCGCGAGCAUCUCAAGCCAGGUCUCGAAGUCGCUGCCCAGAACGUUUUUGAUAAGCCCAACGGAGCUUUCACUGGCGAGAUCUCAGUUGAUCAGCUCAAGGAUAGUAACAUCACCUGGACCCUUCUCGGUCACUCCGAGCGCCGUGUCAUCUUACAAGAAGACGAUGUAUUCGUCGCCAACAAAACCAAGGCGGCCCUUGAUGGUGGAAUUGGCGUUAUCUUCUGCUGCGGAGAAUCCCUGGAACAAAGAGAGAGUGGGAAGACAAUUGAUGUUGUCACUGCUCAGUUGAAAGCUGUCAAGGAGAAGGUCCAAGAUUGGUCCAAGAUCGUUAUUGCCUACGAGCCAAUUUGGGCUAUUGGAACUGGAAAAGUUGCUAGCACCGAGCAGGCUCAGGAGGUCCAUGCUGCCAUCCGCUCAUGGUUGAAGGCUGAGGUCAGCGAGAAGGCUGCUGAGGAGACGAGAAUUAUCUAUGGUGGAAGUGUCAGCGAGAAGAACUGCAAGGAUCUGGCCAAGCAACCUGACAUCGACGGGUUCUUAGUUGGAGGCGCCUCCCUCAAGCCUGCCUUUGUGGAAAUCAUCAACUCCCACUUGUGA